CCCCAGGGGUGUCGCCAGUGCCGGAUGAGGAGACUCUGAGGGGAAGUUUGGCCGCCGCCGCCGCGGGCCCUGUGAGGAGGAACCGCCGCCGGGAGAGCGGGAGCGCGGCCGCGGCCCGUCCCCGCCGCCGCCGCCAUGGGGAACCGGGGCAUGGAGGAGCUGAUCCCGCUGGUCAACAAGCUGCAGGACGCCUUCAGCUCCAUCGGGCAGAGCUGCCACCUCGACCUGCCGCAGAUCGCCGUGGUGGGCGGGCAGAGCGCGGGCAAGAGCUCGGUGCUGGAGAACUUCGUCGGCCGGGACUUCCUGCCCAGGGGCUCUGGCAUCGUCACCAGGAGGCCUCUGAUCCUGCAGCUGAUCUUCUCCAAGACAGAGUACGCCGAGUUCCUGCACUGCAAGGCUCGGAAGUUCACCGACUUCGAUGAGGUUCGGCAGGAGAUCGAGGCCGAGACCGAGCGGCUGACCGGGACCAACAAGGGCAUCUCGGCCGUGCCCAUCAACCUCCGGGUCUACUCCCCCCACGUGCUGAACCUGACCCUGAUCGACCUCCCUGGCAUCACCAAGGUGCCAGUGGGGGACCAGCCCCAGGACAUUGAGUACCAGAUCAGGGAGAUGAUCCUGCAGUUCAUCAGCAGGGAGAGCAGCCUGAUCCUGGCUGUCACCCCUGCCAACAUGGACCUGGCCAACUCUGACGCCCUCAAGAUGGCCAAGGAGGUUGAUCCUCAAGGCCUGAGGACCAUCGGGGUGAUCACCAAGCUGGACCUGAUGGACGAAGGCACCGACGCCAGGGAGGUGCUGGAGAACAAACUGCUGCCCCUGCGCAGAGGCUACGUCGGGGUGGUGAACCGCAGCCAGAAGGACAUCGAGGGCAGGAAGGACAUCCGGGCAGCCCUGGCGGCGGAGCGCAAGUUCUUCCUCUCCCACCCUGCCUACCGGCACCUGGCAGACCGCAUGGGCACCCCCCACCUCCAGAGGCUGCUCAACCAGCAACUGACCAACCACAUCCGGGAGACGCUGCCGGCGCUGCGCAGCAAGCUGCAGAGCCAGCUGCUGUCGCUGGAGAAGGAGGUGGAGGAGUUCAAGAACUUCCGCCCCGACGACCCCACCCGCAAGACCAAAGCCCUGCUGCAGAUGGUGCAGCAGUUCGGGGUGGACUUUGAGAAGCGCAUUGAGGGCUCUGGGGACCAGGUGGACACCCUGGAGCUGUCGGGGGGGGCCCGCAUCAACCGCAUCUUCCACGAGAGGUUCCCCUUCGAGCUGGUCAAGAUGGAGUUUGAUGAGAAGGACCUGAGGAGGGAGAUCAGCUACGCCAUCAAGAACAUCCACGGCGUCAGGACAGGGCUCUUCACCCCGGACCUGGCCUUCGAGGCCAUCGUCAAGAAGCAGGUGGUGAAGCUGAAGGAGCCCUGCCUCAAGUGUGUGGAUCUGGUGAUCCAGGAGCUGAUCAACACCGUCAGGCAGUGCACCUCCAAGCUGGGCUCCUACCCACGGCUGCGGGAGGAGACGGAGCGCAUCGUCACCACCCACAUCCGGGAGCGCGAGGGCAGGACCAAGGACCAGAUCCUGCUGCUGAUCGACAUCGAACUCUCCUACAUCAACACCAACCACGAGGACUUCAUUGGCUUUGCCAACGCCCAGCAGAGGAACACUCAGGCCAACAAGAAAAGAGCAAUUCCCAACCAGGGGGAGAUUCUGGUGAUCCGCAGGGGCUGGCUGACCAUCAACAACAUCAGCAUCAUGAAGGGAGGCUCCAAGGAGUACUGGUUCGUGCUGACUGCUGAGUCCCUCUCCUGGUACAAGGAUGAGGAGGAGAAGGAGAAGAAGUACAUGCUGCCCCUGGACAACCUGAAGAUCAGGGACGUGGAGAAGGGCUUCAUGUCCACCAAGCACAUCUUUGCCAUCUUCAACACCGAGCAGAGGAACGUCUACAAGGACCUGAGGCAGAUCGAGCUGGCCUGCGACUCGCAGGAGGAUGUGGACAGCUGGAAGGCCUCCUUCCUGCGGGCUGGGGUCUACCCUGAGAAAGACCAAACAGAGAAUGAGGAAGGUGCCCAGGAGAACACCUUCUCCAUGGACCCCCAGCUGGAGCGGCAGGUGGAGACCAUCCGCAACCUGGUGGACUCCUACGUGGCCAUCAUCAAUAAGUCCAUCAGGGACCUCAUGCCAAAGACCAUCAUGCACCUCAUGAUCAAUAACACCAAGGACUUCAUCCACUCGGAGCUGUUGGCCUUCCUCUACUCCUCGGCCGACCAGGGCAGCCUGAUGGAGGAGUCGGCGGAGCAGGCGCAGCGCCGGGAGGAGAUGCUGCGCAUGUACCACGCCCUGAAGGAGGCUCUCAGCAUCAUCGGCGACAUCAGCACCAGCACUGUCACCACCCCCGUGCCGCCCCCCGUCGACGACACCUGGCUCCAGACCGGCCCCAGCCACAGCCCCCCGCCCCAGCGCCGGCCCCCGGCCACCAUCCCGCCCCCGGGCCGGCCCCCAGCCGUCCGGGGCCCGACGCCGGGGCCGCCGCUGCUGCCGAUCCCCGCCGGGGGUCCCGCCCUGGCCGCGCCGCCGGUGCCGCUGCGCCCCGCGCCCCAGGGGCUCUUCGGGGCCGACCCCUUCGCGGCCCCCCCGCAGAUCCCAUCGCGCCCGGCCCGCGUCCCCCCCGGAGUGCCCCCCGGGGUGCCCACCCGAAGACCCCCAGCGGCCCCCAGCCGCCCGACCAUCAUCCGCCCUGCCGAGCCCUCCCUGCUGGACUAACCCCAGGGGGGUCCCCCCCGGGCCCUGGGCUGAUCGGUGGGGAGGGGGACACAGAGGGGACC